GGUUACUUCCCUAGGUAAUGAAUGUGGUUUGCCACCAAACAACGUGCAUGAAGGUACCGGAAUGUGAAAACAAGCGUUUCCGCCAAAAAUAUUUCUUCCUUUUAGCCAACCUAAGUUAUUUACUCGACACCACUUCGCUACUAAACUCACAUACUUCGUGUUGUGUAGCUAUUACGUAGAACGAGUACUAGCAUUUUCGUGCAAUCUAUUUAGCGCAAUGUGACCUAUGCGCAGCGUUAACACACGUGUGACGUCACCGUGCCAGGUGACUGAUGCGUUUCUCCCAUGUUAACAGAUGCCAGACGAAGUUUGCCGGAGACGCACGAUCUACAACGUAGCCCUGAAGAUGAACUGCGUCAUCGUAUUUCUGCUCAUAAUGCUGGUGGCUGGAACGUCGGAUGCAGCAAGAAUCUUAGGCCUGUUCAAUUACCCAGGGAAGAGCCACUUCAUAAUGUUUGAAGCAGUGAUGAAGACGCUCGCAGCACGCGGUCACCAAGUCACUGUAUACAGUCACUUCCCACAACCAGCGCCCGUACCUAAUUAUAAAGAUGUCAGUUUGGUUGGUUCCUUACCUAUCCUGACUGAUGCAAUUCCCCUCGAAGCAUAUGUUAACAGUGACAUCUACUCGUCGCUAGAUCUUUUCAUGAAGCUAUCAUCUGACGAGUGUGACAAAGUACUGCAAUUCCCCGCAAUGCAAGAGCUGAUGAGGUCGAAUGAAACUUUUGAUUUGAUUUUCACUGAGGUAUUCGUUACUGAUUGUAUGCUGCCAUUUGUGCACAAAUUUCAGGCUCCAAAUAUUGCCAUGCGUUCUUCUGCUAUCAUGCCAUGGACGUCUGAUCGUUUUGGCUUACCCGAUAACCCUUCUUACCUACCAAUUGAGUUUGGAUUAAGUAGUGAUCACAUGGGAUUCUUUGAGCGCCUUAGUAAUGCGUGGUAUUUGGUCUACAGUAAUUGGUUCCAUAGUAGAUAUAUUGAAGUAUCUACGGAUGCUGUUGUCAUGAAGCACUUUGGCGAUUCAGUUCCUCCAUUGGCAGAUAUAGCAAAAAAUACUAGCAUGCUCUUUAUGAAUACCAACCCGGCAUUGACUCCUCCAAGACCCCUCGUACCAGCUGUUGUGGAGAUUGGGGGCAUACAUUUGAAGCCCGCAGGUCAACUUCCAAAGGACAUUCAGAAAUUCAUGGACGAGGCUGAACACGGAGUAAUUUACUUCACAUUUGGCUCAACAGUGAAAACACAAGACUUACCAGAACCAAAACGGAAGGCACUAAUGGAAGCCUUCGCAGAGCUCCCCCAGCGUGUCGUGUGGAAAUGGGAGACGGACACGCUACCUGGACAGCCGCCCAAUGUUUUAAUACGCAAGUGGCUGCCACAGUACGAGAUAUUAAGCCAUCCCAAAAUGCGACUCUUCAUUACACAUGGAGGUCUAAUGGGUGCAGUAGAAGCAAUUACCAACGGUGUGCCACUGCUGGGAAUACCUCUGUUUGGGGACCAACCGGUUAAUGUUCAAAUGUUUGUAAGGAGGGGCAUUGGAUUACACCUCGCUUACAAAGAAAUAUCGAAGAAAUCCGUCCUGGAAGCCGUGAGCACCAUACUAAAUGACCCUGGGUACAAGAAGAGAACUGAGAAACUGGGCAUGGCGUUUAAAGACACGCCAAUGACGCCACAGGAGACCGUUGUGUACUGGUCCGAGUAUGUUAUCCGCCACAGAGGGGCGCCACACCUGCGCUCAGCUGCCGUGGACUUGCAGUGGUACCAAUUGCUGCUCCUCGAUGUCAUAGCCACCCUCCUUGUGGCAUUUCUCGCUGUUGCCGCUGCUUUUGUGUUCUUACUACGAAUGAUCUUACGACAGCUUGGCUUCCUCAAGGUGUCGUCUGACUCCACGUCAUUAGGCAAUAAGAGCAAGAAGACUAAGCAGCAGUAACGAGUUGAACACUAUUAAUGUCACAGUAUUUAUGCUGAAUGAAGUUUUCUCGUUAACUAGUCCCGACAUUUCUGAUGCUCUUGGGUGAAACUCGUAAGGGUCUUCAGGCAUAUUUUAUUUGGUGUUUUGGUCGUACGUUAUGAAUUUGGUUGUUGCAAUGUUUGUAUGGAGUCAGCCCAAACAUAUACUGCUCAUCAUGUGAAUCAAUGAAUGCCCUGUGUCGAUUGACGACUUUGGUUUGUUACUUGUAACGAUCCACGAAGACCUGAAAUCCGUUAUACAAAAGUAAUCAGAAAACAUCCCUGAACAACCUCCAUAAUAGGUAUUUGAACAUUUCCUCUUACACCUGAGCAGAGUUUAACGUUUCUCCAAUUUUUGGACUGUUAGUGUAUAUUCUGUAAUAACCACGCUGUUGCCGUUGUUCCUCCACAUCUCAUCCUGAGGAACCUAUACUGGAGUUUUUCGUAGAGUUCUGAAACAUUCUGCAAUGUUCAUACUAGUCAGCUAUUGAAGCAUUAGGGAUGCAAACAGUGGGAGAUGUAUAAAGGUGUGGUUCUACAUCCGAAAUUAAAUACUUUAAAGAAGGCUAACAAGUUGACGAUAAAAUCCGCCUUUAAAAACGAAGACGUCGAUAUUUAUUCAGUUCCUGAAUUUUUUUAUCAGCAUUUCUCUGUGUAAGUGCUCUUGAAAUACACAGCGUGACAAAAAAGGUCAUGUGGUGAAGGAAUAAACGAACUGAACUUCACUGGUUGAGAAGGUGUGUGAUGUUAUUUUAGUUCUCUCCAAAGUAAGUCAAAUUUUCACACUUGGGACUAUGAUCUCACUUAUCUGUAAGACGAUGCACCCCAUCUGGCUUGGAUAAAUGCGCUGAUUCAAUUGUGAAAGGUGCCAAUGGGCGCUGUAUCCUGUAUGGGGAAAGCUGGCCCACAACUGUUUUAGCUGGCCCCAGAUACCCUGGGGGCACAAUUGACGUCCGAGCUGGAACCACACAUGUUAUAUCGGGGACAGACUGGGUGUCCUGUUGGGCAUGAGAGUACCUCAACAUCACACAGGCAGUUCAUGUACGCAUUUGCUGUGCCGACCAGCAUUGUCCUGCAGAAAAAUGGCACCACGACACUGUUGCUUGAGAGGUCACACUUAUCGACGCAUAGUGUCUGUGAAUACAACUGUCCCGUCCGAGUUCCCUCUGUCACUACCACGAAGCUAUAGCCAAUGGCGCUCCACAGAACCGCGCCAGGUGUGGCACCGCUGUGCCUUUUCAGAACGUUGGAAGAACGGGACCUAUCCACAGGUCGCCGCCAUGCACGCUCACGAUGGUCAUAUGGGUUACUACAUAACUGCAAUUCAACAAUGAACACAAUGCGACGCCAUUCAUCAGCAGUCUAUGUUUUCUGAUCAUGGUAGCACUGGCAACGCAGCCGUUUGUAUUGUGGUGUUAGCGUCAGCCGACCGAGCGAGGUGGCGCCACUACUGGACUCGCAUUCGGGAGGACGACGGUUCAAUCCCGCCUCCGGCCAUCCUGAUUUAGGUUUUCAGUGAUUUCCCUAAAUCACUCCAGGCAAAUGCCGGGAUGGUUCCUCUGAAAGGGCACGACCGACGUCCUUCCCCAUCCUUUCCUAAUCCGAUGACACCGAUGACUUCGCUGUCUGGUCUCCUUCGCCAAAGAACCCAACCCAACCCUUAGCGUCAGCCUAUGCCUAAGAUGGUAAUUUCCUACUCCGACUGUCGCUAGUCUCUGACCAGUGGUGCAGAAUUACGUAGAAUGUUGCAAGGAGCUCAUCACGUGGUCCGAAUGCCAGGCGCAGCUAUGAUGUGCUUCGUGCACAAUACAGUGAUCCUGCCUUGUAUUGAUCAGGCAUCGUUUACCUGAACUUUAACGACGAUUACAUCUGUCUAACAUCAGGCCACUGUAACAUCAUAAUGCCCCACAACUGUCAAUAUUGCACGAUUCGAUUUUGGUGAAAACGGAGACACACAAUGAUAUACGUUUCAGAGUCUGUUAGAUGCUGAUAACGUUGUAUCACACGAAUACCCGGUAUCUCCGAGUCCUUCCCAUUAUCAUUUAUCAUCUGAUACUGUUCAGUCUCCUUAUGUCCUCUACUAGGGCUGGUAGCAACAUUAAACAUGAACUACACUAAUGUACUCUCGUAGCCAUUCUGCCUGUCAUAUACCCAACGAUGCUGUGUAUGUGUAAAAAGUGUACGACAUCCGACUUGCUGCAGCUUUUUUGUCAGGCUGUGUAAUGUCACUUAGUUGUAAUGUAAUUGCCCGCAUCUCGUGGUCGUGCGGUAGCGUUCUCGCUUCCCACGCCCGGGGAUCCCGGGUUCUAUUCCCGGCGGGGUUAGGGAUUUUCUCUGCCUCGUGAUGGCUGGGUGUUGUGUGAUGUCCUUAGGUUGGUUAGGUUUAAGUAGUUCUAAGUUCUAGGGGACUGAUGACCAUAGAUGUUAAGUCCUAUAGUGCUCAGAGCCAUUUGAACCAUUUUUUUGUAAUGUAAUUUUUAAGUGGUGUGGAAUACAUAAAUAAAUAACAGCAGUUGUAGAUAAUUUUGUUAUGAGACUUCUGUCUGUGGCAAUUUAGUGAAAACCUGCUUGCUUUUGUUCAUUUACUUUGAAACUAA